AUGGCGCCAUCUAUUGCCGAAGUACCCACCCCGGAGAUUGUUGUUCCUGUCAAGGUGAAUCCAGGAACAACCGAGGCCAAGCCCAAAGUGAGAAGAAUCAUCGACGAGGAAGGAGGGAAGACUACUGCGAGUUAUCCAGAAUACCUGCCCACCUGGGACCAUGGCCAGAAAUAUGCCCCUCUCCAACCCUUCACCCAUAUCGACCCCGGCAAAGAUGCCGACCCCUCCUUCAAGGAUCUCCUAACGGAAGGCUCCAAGAUCCAAAAUCUCACUCCAGGCAUCGGCUCCGAAGUCACAGGUGCCCAGCUAAGCAAGCUCACCUCCGCUGGAAAAGACCAACUCGCUCUCCUCGUUGCGCAACGCAAAGUGGUCGCCUUCCGAGACCAAGACUUCGCUGACCUGCCAAUCCACGAGGCCCUUGAUUUCGGAGGCUACUUUGGUCGCCAUCAUAUCCAUCCUACCAGCGGUGCCCCCGAGGGAUAUCCUGAGAUCCAUCUCGUCUACCGGAACAACAAUGCGUGGGAGAAUGAUCAAUACUUGGCAGAAAAGAAUAGCAGUGUCUCGUGGCAUUCGGAUGUCACUUAUGAGCAGCAGCCGCCCGGGACUACGUUCUUGUAUCUUCUUGAGGCUCCCGAAGUCGGUGGUGAUACAGUGUUUGUGGAUCAAGUUCAGGCUUAUAAGCGGCUUUCGCCCGCCAUCAAGGAACGCCUGCAUGGCCUGAAGGCUGUGCAUUCCGGGUUUGAACAGGCUGAGUUUAGUUUGAAGCGUGGAGGAGUCGUGAGGCGGGAGCCGGUCAAGAACGAGCAUCCUAUAGUCCGAACCCAUCCGGUCACAGGCGAGAAGGCGCUCUUCGUUAAUGGGGGCUUCACUCGCAGCAUUGUCGGCCUCAAGAAAGAGGAGAGCGAUGCUCUUCUGGGUUUCUUGUUGGCUCAUGUCGGCCGCGGCAUUGACUAUCAAACUCGUAUUCGAUGGGCUCCCAAGACGCUUGUUGUUUGGGAUAACCGUGUCACUGCUCACUCUGCGGUUAUUGACUGGGCAACCGGGGAACGUCGCCAUUUGGCACGUAUCACUCCCCAGGCCGAGCGUCCGUAUGAAACUCCUUACGUUCCAGAGGAUGAAUCCCAGUCUUGA